AUAGCAUUUAAUUUAAUGAAUGAAGUGGAUGUUGCAGAAACUGAAGCAAAAAUAGCAGCAUAUGAAAUGGAAAAUAAAGAAAGUAUUGCAGCAAAUCAAGCUAAACUACUAAAUGAGCAAAGAUAUAGAAAUUAUCAAGAUGAAUUAGAGAAAAAAGAAAGAGAGCAAAAGAGGGAAGAAUAUUUGAAACAAUUAGAAGAAGAAAGAAAGAUGAAAGAAAUAGAAAAGUCUGACAUUAUUACAGAACUUGCAACAUCAAAUAAAUCUGCUCAAGCAGUGAUUCAAGCGAGACAAGCAACUGCUCUUAAAAGAUCUUCUGCUCUUCGCCAGCAGCAGCAGCAGCAACAACAACAGACAGAUAAUAAACUGUUUAUUCCCUCUUGGAUUACGACAGCAAUGGAAGCAGAUGUUGAUAUGAGAGAGAAUGAAGCAAGAAAUUUUGAUCCACUAGCAUUACAAUAUGAAUAUACCUCCGGAUAUACCGUGCGUGAAAAUUAUAUGGAUUCAUCUACAGAAUAUAUUCAUAAUAAUAAGCAGGUAAAAGCUGGUGGAUAUCAAGCCAAAUUUGCACACCAACGUGCAUUAAUGGCAUCAUUUACAGGCAUCUUAUGUCAGCCUGUAGAGUAA